AGAAUGUGACCCAGAUAUACGUCACAUCCGGCGUGUGACGUCAGUUUUUAUGCGAGGCUUCCGCGCGAGGCAUGCUGGAGGAGCUCGCGAGAGCAUUGGUAACGAAAAUGGCGACCAAAGAGGUUGAAUCGAAAGCAACGGAAACAGUCAGGGGCCAACUGUUCGAGGUUGCACCGCGGUACACGAAUUUAGCUUACAUCGGAGAAGGUGCAUACGGCAUGGUCGUGUCGGCCUUCGACAAUGUGACCAAGGAAAAAGUGGCCAUCAAGAAGAUCUCCCCGUUCGAGCACCAGACCUACUGCCAGAGGACACUGAGGGAGAUCAAGAUCCUCACACGGUUUAAGCACGAAAAUAUUAUAGACAUCAGAGACAUCAUCAGGGCACCCACAAUCGACCAGAUGAAAGAUGUCUACAUUGUGCAGUGCCUGAUGGAGACUGACCUGUACAAGCUGCUCAAGACUCAGAAGCUGAGCAACGACCACAUCUGCUACUUCCUCUACCAGAUCCUGAGGGGCCUCAAAUACAUUCAUUCGGCCAAUGUGCUGCACAGGGAUCUCAAGCCUAGCAACCUGCUCCUCAACACCACUUGUGACCUCAAGAUCUGCGACUUUGGCCUGGCGCGGGUGGCGGACCCCGAGCACGACCACACGGGCUUCCUGACGGAGUAUGUGGCGACGCGGUGGUACCGGGCGCCGGAGAUCAUGCUGAACAGCAAGGGUUACACCAAGUCUAUUGACAUCUGGUCUGUGGGCUGUAUCCUGGCGGAGAUGGUGUCCAACCGGCCCAUCUUUCCGGGCAAGCACUACCUGGACCAGCUGAACCACAUCCUGGGCAUCCUAGGCUCCCCGUCUCAGGACGACCUCAACUGCAUCAUCAACGAGAAGGCCCGCUCCUACCUGCAGUCCCUGCCCCACAAGGCCAAGAUUCCCUGGACCAAGCUGUACCCGGAUGCAGACCCCAAGGCGCUGGACCUCUUGGACAAGAUGCUGACGUUCAAUCCCCACCGAAGAAUCAAUGUGGAAGAAGCCCUCGCCCAUCCUUACCUGGAGCAGUAUUACGACCCCGGGGACGAGCCGAUGGCGGAAGAGCCGUUCAAGUUUGAGACAGAGCUGGACGACCUGCCCAAGGAGCGACUCAAGGAGCUGGUCUUUGAGGAGACCAACCUGUUCCGGUCCAGGUGCCCCACCAGGCCGGCACAGCAGUCGUGAGCACCACGCCCACCUUCCAGACUGCUGUCAGCGAAGGGGCCAUCACUGCGUCGUAUGCGCAGCAACCUCCUCGUCUUGCAAGCCUCGCCGAGGCACCGGGCCCAGCUCCGGCCACGUUUCCCCGCCUGUGCCGAAGUUUGAAACGGCAAGAGGAGGUGCGAGAGGGGGAGAAUGAGACUUUCCCCCACUCAUCUGCUUGUCCCCUCACCCCUGGGUGUCCUGGACGGGACUGGGUGUUGUGCUAGUUCCCACCACCACCCCCGUCCCCCUCCUACGUCAUUUUGUUUGGCUUGGUUCUCGCAAACGGCCGGCCUGCCCUGCCCCGGCACAGGCCCCGGCUGCGGCUACGGUGACGAAGACUUCCGGAAGUGACUCGGGUGUGCAACUUGCGUGACCGCAAAAACGUCUAGGGUUGUGUUCUUGUUUCUUUGUUGUUUUUCCAGUUUGUCUUGGAGGCCUAACGUCGCUUUUAAACAUUUUUCUUUUUUGCUUUUAUUUUCGUUUGGAAUUACUGUACUAACGACCCUUUCGAAUUGGUCGAUGGCUGCCGCCCUUGCUGCAUUUCCCCUCCUCCUUUACCCUCUUCGAAGCUUAGGACGUCCCUUUCUUCCCCGUUCCGGAUGCCGUACCCCCCCCGUGGGGGGAAUCCUCGGCCUGAGAAGAUGUUUUCUUGCUCUCCGUUGAUGUCUCUGUCUGUCAUCUGUGCUUUCUGUAACGCACUCUUCUCCUUAAUCCGAGAGGGAGCGAAGAAUUUAGGUGUCUCGUUUUUCUUUUUUCUUCUUUCUCUCGCAUUAUCUGCAAUGUCCUUGCAUGUUGUCAGUGAAAGAACGAACCGUUUCCUGCAUCGCCGAGCGCUUGGACAUUUUGAGUCUGCUGCGGCGGUCACGACGAAUCGGCUGCGCAGACUUUAGCGACGAGUGCCAAUCUUGUGCUCUUAACUUCGCUUCUUUCGGGUCUAAAACGUACAAUCUAAAAGGUUAAAAGCCUGCCUAUACAAGUGUCGUUCCAUCUGCUUCUCUAUAUCGUCGCCUUGCUCUAGCGCGCGGUUGGCACGCGGACCCCCGAGAUGUACGUGCAACGAGCGCCGAGAAAAAGGUUGUUUGAGUGUCUUUCUGCCGCACGAAGCCGUCAUAUCCGAGUCGUGUAGCACACCGAACCAAUUAGAGUUAGAUAAUAAGUCCUAACCUCAUGCUUCCUGCGUAGCAUUAGACCAAAGGCAAGUCCAGCCGCACGACUUUUGGCUAGAGCCUGCGACCGCCCGACUAGCUAGGAGGCUUUUUUGGCUGCUUAUCGACGCGGGAGGACAUUUGUAAAGUAUGUGUAACAUAUUAGCCAGGGGAUUAGGAGGCAAGGGUUUGCAGGCAAGCUCGACUUGCACAAGCAAAGUUCUUGCAAUGUGGUCGAGGAGUGCGCACAUCUGCAAAUAAGCAAGACCUCGGAAUGUUUGUGCUGCGGAGUGCUUCCCAAGACCUCCUCAAGUCACUUGGAGUUGGUGGGAUUGGAAACACCCGAAGCAAAACAUAUUGAGGAGUGAUAAAAAAAAAAAAAAAAAGGAAUGUCUUGCCUUUGCAAAGAUGCUUUUCUUCUUCGUGUCAUUUUUGUCUCAUGUGGCGACCGUCUCCUGUGUACAGUGCAUCAAGUGUUGCCUGGAGGAUCUGGAAGCAGUUUGGAAGAGUGUACAUUUUUUUUCAAAGGCCCUCUUUCUUUGUUGGUGUGUAUGUGUGCACAGCAGUUUUCAAGCUCUCAGACUUGAAAUGGCCGACAAUGCAAGGGGGACAAAAGAAUAUAUUUAUUGAUUUUUUUUUUUAGGGUCCCCAUUGUCGUAAAUUGAAUAAAUAUUUCAUUUUCCUUCCUUUGA